AUGUCUCUACCAGAAGCUUACCAAUAUGAGAUCCAAGCUCUCAACCGGCAGGUUCUGCAAACCUGUCCUUCCGAUAUCCUCCAGUUCUGCGCCGACUUCUUCAACUCGCGACUAGCAUCCGAACGAGCGGCGAGCAUUUCCAUCUUCCGCGACCGAGGCACUCCCUCGCCAAGAUUCUCUCCGUCGCCCACUAGCAACUUUGCAAUGAUGUCUAGCCAAUUCUCAAGCCCUUUUGGGGCCAAUGCCAACCCCUUUGGAGGCAACACGUCGCCCAUGGCAUCCAACGUGAUGCACCGUGUCGUUGAGGAGGAUGAAAACGACCAUUUGGCCCCCGGCGCCCCCUUGUUCUCAGGAGCAUUUGGGGGGGACGCAUCUACCGAGGCUCCACCGACCUUGAGAGCCCCCCCUACUACCGAUAGCUAUCCGGCACAGUACAACUUUUCACGUCGGACGUCCGUUUCAGCAGAGUCGCUGAAGCCGAGCGCCGAUAGCUACGACAACUGGACCCCUCCGUUUACCGAAAAGACCCCCGAGCAGGUUGAGCGACUCAAGCAUGCCAUCGAGGGAAAUUUCCUCUUCAGCCACUUGGACGAUGAACAGAGCGCGCAGAUUUUGGGUGCUCUUGUCGAGAAGCCCAUUCCCGCCAGGGGCAUCAAGGUGAUUAGCCAGGGCGAUGCCGGUGACUACUUCUACGUGGUUGAGCGAGGCUCGUUUGACGUCUACGUCAACCCCUGCGGCUUUAUUGAGCCUGGCCCGGAUGGACUGGGCUCCAAGGUCAGCACCAUUCAGGCCGGCGGCUCCUUUGGCGAGCUUGCUCUCAUGUACAACGCGCCCCGUGCGGCAACCAUUAUCUCUGCCGAGGGAAGUUGCACUCUGUGGGCUUUGGACAGAGUGACAUUCCGUCGUAUCCUCAUGGAGUCGACCUUUGCUCGGAGACGGAUGUACGAGAGCUUCUUGGAGGAAGUCCCCAUCCUUUCUUCGCUCACUCCCUACGAACGAUCCAAGAUUUCAGAUGCCCUCGAAACUCAAAAGUUUGCUCCAGGAGACGUCAUUAUCCACGAAGGUGACCCCGGCCACUCCUUCUACCUUCUUGAGAGUGGUGAGGCAGACGCAUUCAAGGGAACCGAAAAGGUGCUGUCGUACAAGAAGGGCGACUUCUUUGGCGAGCUGGCGCUGCUUAACGAUGCCCCGCGAGCCGCUAGUGUCGUGGCUUCGACAGAUGUCAAGGUGGCUACGCUGGGCAAGAAUGCAUUCCAACGGCUCCUGGGCCCUGUCGAGGGUCUCCUCCGAAGGACGAGAUAUCAAGGCGUCAAGACGGGCGUGGAAGAGAUGGACCCCCUGCAGCAGGAGUAAGCUGCCAACGAAGGAGCGAGCAUCCUUACGAGUACGGUUGUAUCGUUUUCAGGGUGUAUAAUGUCUGCACGGGUAUAAGUUACAGGUGUGGUGAUGACGCUAGCAGUUUAAGAGGCAGGAUUUUCUGGACAUGAAAAGGGUACCGAGCAUAGAUGGGCUCCACAGAUCGGUUCUACGGGAGUGACGGGAGCAGGCUGGGGCAUUGGCAAAAGGGUUGCAUUUUUACAUGGCCGAUUGCGAAUUCGUGCAAACGACUGCUCGCUUUAUCGGAGGCCCUAUGUAACGGGCACGGCUUACCGGCGUUUUCGGGAUACUCUUUGUUUUGCUUUUUUAUUUUUAUUUCCCCCCUAACAUCACCACCCUCGUUAUUAUCCCUCACUAUGAGACAUUGUCUAUUUGAGCAGAUACCUUGUUUGAUACCGUUAUCAAUGCGACUAAUAUCUCUUGAGGGCUGACUUUGGGUGAUCACUCAUUCUGAUAUCACCGUAAUCCCCUUUCCCCCACCUACUUUCAUUAUUGUUUUGUUACAGGAAAAGAAUAUAUUGUACCUC